UGUAAGUCUAUUACUAUCCUAUUGGGGAGGGGAGAGGAAAAACAAACUAUAUAAAUACCCAUAGGGGAAAGUACCCAAAAACGAAAACCAAAAACACUCAACACUCAUAUCCCAAAGAAAAAAAAUAAGAAAGAACACAUGGAGGUAGUUUCUCCGACCAACGGCUGCUCCGACAACACCGCCGGAAAAUUCAUCAUCUGCAAAGCCGCCGUGGCUUGGGGUCCCGGCGAACCCUUGGUCAUCGAACAAGUCCGGGUGGACCCGCCUCAGAAAAUGGAGGUCCGAAUCAAAGUACUCUUCACUUCCAUUUGCCAUACCGAUCUCAGCGCUUGGAAAGGAAAGAAUGAAUCCCAAAGAGCUUAUCCUCGUAUCUUUGGUCACGAAGCAGUCGGGAUUGUGGAGAGUGUAGGGGAGGGGGUGACAGAGGUGGCACCGGGGGAUCACGUGAUUCCGCUAUUCAACGGAGAGUGUGGCACGUGCCGAAGUUGCAAGAACUCGACCACAAACUCGUGCGAGAAAUGGGGAGUGGAUCCAACGAAAAGUACGAUGGUCCAAGACGGGAAAACCCGGUUCACGACGGCGGAUGAACGACAGCAGCCGAUUUACCACUUUCUAAACACGUCAACAUUCAGCGAGUUCACCGUGGUCGACUCAGCUUGUGUUGUCAAGAUUGACUCAGAAGCUCCCAUCAAAAAGAUGACUUUGCUGAGCUGUGGCCUUUCUACUGGAGUGGGAGCCGCGUGGAAUACUGCGAACGUGAAAGCUGGAUCAACGGUCGCGAUUUUCGGAUUGGGAGCCGUUGGACUCGCUGUUGCCGAAGGGGCAAAAGCUCGUGGUGCUUCUAAAAUUAUUGGUGUUGAUGUCAAUCCACAAAAGGCUAUCAUUGGAAAGCAAUUGGGAAUCACCGACUUUAUAAACCCGAGAGACUCCGACAAACCCGUCCAUGAGAAAAUCAUGGAGAUAACAAAUGGGGGUGUGGACUACAGCUUCGAAUGUGUUGGAAAUGUGGAGGUUUUGCGAACGGCUUUCUUGUCUACUUACAUUGGAUGCGGAACUACAGUAAUGUUGGGAAUUCACACAAACCCAAAAAUGUUGCCUCUUCAUCCAAUGGAGUUGUUUUGUGGACGUAAGUUAGUAGCUUCCAUUUUUGGAGGCUUCAAAGGCAGAACUCAACUUCCUCAUUUUGCCAAACAAUGCAUCCAAGGGGUGGUAAAAUUGGAUGAGUUCAUAACACAUGAACUUCCCUUCGAGAAGAUAAAUGAUGCUUUACAACUCCUUGUCGAUGGAAAAUCUCUAAGAUGUCUUUUGCAAUUUUAAAAUAUUUUGUAUAUUCCUAUGAAAACUCUUUUAUGUCAAAAGAGUUACAUAAAUAAUCCAAAUUGUCGUGACAAAUUUAUGUAAGUAAUUUCUUGUAUUAAUUUUGUCAUUUAUAAUACUCAAUAAACCUUGCAUUGUAUUUUGUAAUUAUUUGAAAAUAAUUGAAUGACGA